AAUGACUUAUACGCAAAUUUACAAUGCUACAGUGUCAGUUGUAUAUAAUAUGUAUGUGUAAUAUAUUUUGAAAAAUUGUAAAAAGGAUAAUUAUAUUACUAUUGUUAUUACUGUGUAUAACUUUAUCCACUUGGAUAUAAAACAUUGACCACGUGUAGGAAAAGGGAAUAAAUAAAUUUCUUAUAAAAAAUUGAAUAAAACAAUGAAUGGCAUACAAAUGGAUAGUUCUUCUGAGGAUGAGAAUGAUAUAUAUGUUAAUUCUGUAGCACGUUUAAAAGCUUUACAAAACAAAGUCUGGAAAUCUAAAAGUUGGAAAUAUGGAUCACAUAUGGAUCAACAAAAUGAAUUACAAAAAAGUAAGAAAGAAAAUAGAAAGCAAGAAAAUAGAAAGAAAGAGAGAAGAAAGCCGAGGAAUGUACAAACUUACUAUUUUACUCACGAUACAAAUAAAGAUGCAGAAAUUGUUCCUGUAGAAGAUUCAGGCGUUAUAUCUGAGCAAAAAGAAAAUAAUAAGUAUGCAAAAGUUCGUAAAAAUAUUAAAACAAUAUCAGAUGAUAUAGUAAUUUUGGAUUGUAAUAGCGAUGAGGAUAUAGAAAAGGAUGAAAAUUUUGAUGUAAAUGUGAAGAUCUUAUGGCAAUCUAGAACUAUUCACCGUUUAAAUAUAUAUAACCAUGAUAAUUUUAGGAAAGUUUUCCAGUAUUUUGCGAAUAUGGAGAAUGUUUCUAUAGAGCAAAUUUUAAUAAUGAAAAAGGAAAAACGUAUAAACUUAACAGAUACUCCUUCCUCUAUAGGUCUUUCAAUCAUAGAUAUUCUUGAAGGUGGGAUAGUAGAUGCAGAUACGAUUUCUCAAAAUGAAUAUAAAAAUCGCAAGAAUAGCAUAGAAGAAAACAUAUGUCAGAUCAAAGUACAGACUGCAAAUAAGGAGUCAUUAAUGUUUCCACUUAAGAAAAAUCAACAAUUUAAAAUACUAAUUGCUAGUUGUGCACGUCAAUGGGGUGUUAAUAAAUCUAAUAUUAAAUUGUAUUUUGAUGGAGAAGCCAUUAAUGUCAGUGAUACACCAGAAAGUUUAGAUCUGGAACAAGAAGCAUGUAUUGAUCUUUGCAUUUCUACAAAAUAAUAUAUGAUCAUGUUAUUAUUAUAGAAAAAAAAGGAAACAAAAGAUGCAAAGAAAAAUAUAAGCUUAAAAAUGAAAUUGAAGAAUUGAAUAUAAUAUAAUAAUACAGUAUAAUAAUAAAAAAAAAAGAAGAAUAAAAUCAUAUGCAAAUGUAUGCAAGAAUAUGCAAGCAAGAAACAGAAA